AUGAGUGAUUCGGAAUUAGAAUUCUCUCUUGAAUCAUCAAAGAAUCCUUCACCAGUUAAGAAAAAAGAUGUUAAACCUAUGAAAGCUGAUUCAGCUUCAGAUGAAGACUCAGAAGAUGAUUAUGAAGAAGAUUCUGAUGUUUAUGAAGUUGAAGAUAUUUUGGGUCAUAAAAUUGUUAACAACAAAACUUAUUAUCACGUCAAAUGGAAAGGAUAUCCGAUAGAAGAAGCCACUUGGGAAAUCGAAAGUAAUUUAAAUUGCGAUCAAAUUUUAAACAAAUACUUAAAAUCAUAUGAAAAUUAUAUUGAUUCGGCGCAAUUACCAGGAAAACCAAUUCCAAUUCCUAAACGUGUGCUGAAAAUCAAAAAAUCAAAAGAUGAUGAAAUUGUUUAUGUUGUGCAGUACAAAGAUGGAAAAACUGCUGAUGUCACAUCUGAAUCUAUGAAGAAGCUAAAUCCAAAGCUCGCAAUUCGCUUUUUAGAAGAUUCGAUUUAUUACAAUGCAAAGUAA